AUGAAAUCUGCAUUAAUUAUACUUAUAGGGUUGUUGAGUGCUUUUACUUAUUUGAAUUAAGAAGAAAAUGAUGGUCAUAUUGAAUUUUAGAGUUGGAAAAGAGAAUAUGGAAAAUCUUAUACAGGACAGCAAGAGGUUUUUAGAUUCUUUAAUUUUUAAAUUAAUCUAAAUAAAGUAAAUAAACAUAAUUCUGAUAAAAAUAAAACUUAUAAGAUGAGAAUGAACCAAUUCAGUGAUUUAUCAGAAGAAGAAUUCUCAUUACUUUAUCUAACACAUUAUAUUUCUGAUGAAUUUAUCUAAUAAAAAUAAAUUACUGAUGAAUAAGAAAGUUCAAUUAAAAAAAACGAUAAAACUAAAACUUCAGUUGAUUGGAGAAAGAUAACAUAAGUUAAAGAUUAAGGAUAAUGUGCUGGAUGCUGGGCUUUUGGUGCAGUAGGAGCAGCAGAGGCUUGGUUUUAUGUUAAAAAUAACACGUCUGUUGUAUUGUCAGAAUAACAAUUAAUUGAUUGUGAUACUCAGUCUUUUGGAUGCAAUGGAGGAUAUCAAAACCUAGCUUUGAAGUAUAUUGCUAAUCAUGGAUUGAAUGAUGCUAGAGUAUAUCCUUAUACUUAGAAAUAAUCAGUUACUUGCUUAUAUAAUUCAGGACCUUAUAAAACUAAUGGAGCUUAAAGUGUAAGUUCGAAUAAUGUUAAGUAAUUCUUGACAGAAUAUCCCCUUGUUGUAGUAGUAGAUGCCUCUAAUUGGUAAUUUUAUGGAGGAGGGGUCUUUAAAGAUUGUAGUAGAUCUGUAAAUCAUGCUGUCUUAGCAGUUGGAUUUGAUGAGAAUGAUAAUUGGUUUAUCAAAAAUUCUUGGGGCACUUCUUGGGGUGAAAAAGGAUUCAUGACUCUCGCCCCUGGAAAUACUUGUGGUAUUACUUCUUAUGCAUACAGAGCUAUCUGA